AUGCGCCACGCGUCGGUGCGCGUCGCGGUCGGCGGCGAGGCGCUCGCUACGCGCCUCGCGCUGGAGGCGCCGCGCAUCACCAAGCGGCCCCAUGGCGCAGUUGCACACGGCACGGGCUUGGUGCAGGUCGCCGCGCAGGGUACGUGCACCGGCCUUGCGCCCGAAGAAGAACGCCUGAUCGACGACGCACAGGCCAGCGACAGCGCGCGCGACGCGGCAGGCCUCGAGGGAUAUAGCAGCUACGUCCAGUUGCGGACAGCAGACGAAUGGCAGUCGCGCAUGCUGCCAGGCACGCUGGUAUCGCCCCAGCACGCCGCAUUGGUCGACGUCAUGGUGCACGAGACGCGCCUGCUUACGCUCCCGUUGGCACGCACAGAGAGCCAUGCGCCGCUCUCGGCAUGGAUCGUGCAGCUGCUCGAACUGGAGCGCACCGAAAUGGUCACAGUCUGUGCGUGGAUCGAGUGGACGGACGCUGGGCGAUUUUCGCUCACACUCGACGUGUCGCUUCCAGAGGCAGUCCUGGGGCGCCCGCACGCGCCGGAUACGACAGAUCGCCUGCUCGCGGUCGUCACGGCAAUCAAUGGCUUGAAGCAUGCGCAGACGGCGGCGCCGCAGCCUAGCGACGCAGACCUCGUCUAUGCCAGCCUCUGCCGCCGCGAGCUGGACGAGGCGACACGCAUGCCGGAAGCGCCACAGCCCCGCGCAUUGCACGCACACCUCCUUCCCUUCCAAAAGCGGUCGGUCGCAUUCCUGCUCGAGCGCGAAGCGGCGCCGGGCGACCGCAAGCUAUUGCAAGGCCUCGGGCCAUGGUGGAUGCACGUCGAUGCCCCGACGCCGCUCUACUUUCACGUCCUCACUGGCGUGCUGACGCUAUCGCAGGAUUUCGCAUCGCACGACGUAUGUAGCGCCAUGCUGUCGGAGGAGAUGGGCCUGGGCAAGACGGUCGAGAUCCUGGCGCUGCUGCUGGAACGGCCGGCGCCUCACCGCAAUGCCUUGGAGCCGUUCUACGAUGUGGCAAACGAGGUGAUGGUGCAGCCGGUCGGCACCACGCUCAUUGUUGCACCCGAGACGCUGCGGCGUCAAUGGCUCGACGAGCUCGCGGCACAUGCGCCGUCGCUACGUACCUACUCCUUCCUCGGACACAAGCAGGCCGAGAGCGACGUACGCCGCGCGGGCCACACGUCGUGGACCGAGUGGGCGAAGGAGCUAGACGUGGUCGUCAUCUCGUUCGAGACGCUCGCCAAGGAGCUCGCUGUGUCGACCAAGGCGCCCGUGCGGUCGUUACGACGGCCGGCACGCUACGACCGGCCACGCAGCCAACUCGUCCAGCUCGCGUUCUGGCGCGUUGUCAUGGACGAGGUCCAGCUCGUGGGUGGCAACGCGGCCAAGACCAUUGCCAUGGUCCGCCGUGAGGCAAGCAUCGCCGUGUCCGGCACGCCGGUGCGCCGCCUCGACGACCUCCGCACCUGUCUUUGGUUCAUGGGCUUGAUCCGGUCCGCAUCGCCCACCAAAGAGUGGCAACGCAUCCUGUCGCCGGCGCUUGCGCCGCACCUCGCGCGCGUACUCGAAUGGGUCGGCAUCCGCCACACCAAGGCGGACGUCGCCCACGAAAUGGUGCUGCCGCCGCAGCGCCGCAGUCUCAUCCCGGUCGAGUUCACCUACACCGAAUCGGCCUUUUACCGCGACGUAUACCGCGAGGCGCUCGAGGCGCUCGACAUUACGGAGGAUGGCGCGCCGCGCUCCGAGACGUGGCAACUCGACACGGGGGCGCUGCGGACGCAGCUCCUCCGCCUGCGGCAAGCAUGCACGCAUCCGCACGUUGCACUGCGCGCUGGCCACAUGCUGGGUGGCGAGUCUGGCGCGACGCACGGCCUCGUAAAUCUGCGCAGCAUCGACCAUGUGCUUACAAUGAUGCUCGAUGGCGCACGGAGCGAGCUGCUGACGCUCCGCCACAAUUUUGUGCUUAAGCGCAUCUACCGCGCGGCCAUUCUGCUCUUUGCGCCGGUGGAAGACCUGCGCACAGCAGCCGUGACGACGCACCCGGACGAGAUUGCCUUGCUCGAGUCGCUCGCGACACGCGACCGCCUCGCCCUCGCUCAGCACCAGCUCGAGCUGCUUCUCCCAGAAGUCAAUGACCAGCUGGCCAAGCUCGAGAAGGAAAUGGACGCAGCGCAUGCGCAGGGGCCCUUGUACCAGUUCACCGAGGCGGAACUCGCUGCAGAAGCGGCGUACGAGCGUGCACACAAGCACAGCGACACGCCGUGGUCGGCCGCACCGGAUGCGCCGUACGACAAGCUGCGUGCGCGCCAGCAGCACCUCGGUGCGCUCCGCAACCGCAUGCGCCAUUGGCUGCAGAUCCUGCAUCGUAUCUACCAGUUCUCUGGGCACUGCUUUUACCAAAUGGGCGAAGCGCAGCAGGGAAGCAGCGAGGCGCCCGAUGCCAAGGCAGAAGGUGCCGUCACCGUCAAGAAAGAAGAGACGGGCCUUCGCGAAAAAGAAGACGCGGCGUACGCAGCCGCCGAGGCCACGCGCCAACGCCUCUUGGCCGAUGCGCGCGAAUCGGUCGAGCAGUGUGUACGCACCAUGCAGCGGCAGCGCACAACGCCACUCGAUGAGCUUUCGCCUCGCAUCACCAUCCAUACCCUUGCGGGCCGCAGCGUGCUGGACAUGGUCCAGGCGCGGCUCAAGAUGCUGCGUGCGCACGCGGCACUGAUCGUCGACUGGCGCAACCAAAUCAUCACGCGCCUCUCCAAACCCGUCAACCGCGAAGUGGACAAGGAGCGCGAAAAUGACGACGUCUACGCCGAGAACCUCGACGCACAAAUCGAGGCGGAGACGCUCCUGGAAAUGUACAGGCCGCUCUUGGCACAGCGCGACGAGCUGCUUAGCGGCCGCAUCGCACUCGGUGCGACGGCUCGGCCGCAGCUCUUUGUCGAGUUGGACCGUGCGCUGCGCGUGGUCAAGACGCGUCUUUUUGGUGCUACAGAGGAGGAGGAGGAGGAAAGCGCGCAGCGAGAAGCGCAAAAGCUGCAGCUGGCGCACUUCCAGCGCCUCGAUGCGGCACGUAAUCAGGUUGCCUUGCAUGGCGAGCCGCCGCUGAGCGAGCUUGUAGCGCGUCUGCGCGAGCUGCGAGAGUUGUCGACGCGCGCUGAUGAAUCGCACCUGCUUGCUUCGGCGCAUGCGACUCUGCAAGAGAUUCUGCGUACGCAGAUGCAGGCAGUGGAGCGUCUGCGCAAAGAGCAAGGUGCCUUUCAAGCGUGUUUCAAUGCACGCAGUCUCUACUUUAAGCAAAUGCAGGAGCUCUCGGACCAAGUCCAGGACCCCGAGAUGCCUGACGGCGCGGUGCCGAGCCUCCUCGCUGCCUUGGCUCAGGAGCGUGCGUGGCGGCAGCGUAUCGGCGCCGUCGAAGGCCGCAUUCGCUACCUGGUCCACCUCGAGCAGAUCCAAGGCGGCAGUGCCGACGACGAGGCGCGGCGUUGCUUUAUUUGCACAAACCUCAUCGACACGGGUAUCCUGACCAAUGCCUGCGGUCAUCUCUGCUGCCAGUCGUGCUUCUACGCGUGGAUGAAGCAAGGCAAGCGCACGUGUCCGAUGUGCAAGACGAAACUCGCGCUGAACGACGUGCACCGUGUCGUCUAUCGCUCCUCUGUUCCCCAAGGCGAAAGCGAAGGAGGGCACGCGCCCUCCGCAUCCCAAGCCUACCGUGUGCUUCCCGAUACCCUGCGUUCCGCGAUUGAGCGGACUGCCUCGGAAGGACGGUACGGCAGCAAGCUUGAUCUCCUUGCCAAGCACCUCGUACAUCUGCACCGCACGACCGGCGAAAAAAGCUUGGUAUUCUCCUCCUUUUCGCGAGGCCUCGACCUGGUAGCUGAGUCGCUGCGUGCGAAUGGCUUGCAGUAUGCCCGGCUGGAAGGUGGGGGAAGCAAAAAAGUGGGAGCGACUGUCGAGACUUUUCAGCACUCGCCGCACAUCAAUAUCUUAUUGCUGCACAGCGAGGUGCAGUCGGCAGGGCUGAAUCUGCUCGCAGCGACACACCUCUUCCUCCUCGAACCCUUGAUGAAUCAUGCCUUGGAACUCCAGGCGAUCGGGCGAGUGCAUCGCAUUGGUCAGACGCGCGCAACGAAUGUGUACUGUUACAUGGUCAACGAUACGGUCGAGCAACGCAUUGUAGCACUGGCCACUUCCCGUGCCCAGUGUCUGUACGUCGCGCGGGAUGCGGAUGCGAAUGCGGCUGACGCUAUGGAUAGUGCCGCGCUCCAGGCACAGCAUCUCGAGCACGUCGACGGCGACGUUUCGCGCGAGGCGCGCCGUGGCGACUUGAUGGGCUCGACGGAUGACCUGCUUGCAUGCCUGUUUCAGGAGCAUAUCCCUGGCGAUCCAUACGCCGAGAACGAAGCCAUGGGCAUAGACGAGAUGCGCGCACGCCGCAUUGCCACAUUACAGCCAACCGAUUAG